GUGGGGGUGGUGCUGGUGCGGAGCUCCGCGAAGUGGCGGGCCUUGGCCGGGCGGUGAUGUCGCUUGUGCUGCUGAGCCUGGCCGCGCUGUGCAGGAGCGCCUUGCCCCGAGAGCCGACUGUUCAAUGCGGCUCUGAAACGGGGCCAUCUCCAGAGUGGCUGGUCCAGCACACCCUGACCCCAGGGGAUUUGAGGGACCUCCGAGUGGAACCUGUUACGACCAAGGUUGCAGUGGAGGACUACUCGGUUUUGAUGAACGUAAGCUGGGUUCUCCGGGCAGAUGCCAGCAUCCGCGUGCUGAAGGCCACCAAGAUCUGCGUGACGGGCAAAAGCAGCCUGCAGUCCUAUAGCUGUGUGCGGUGCAAUUACACAGAGGCCUUCCAGAGUCAGACCAGAUCCUCGGGGCACAAAUGGGCGUUUUCCUACGUGGGCUUCCCUGUGGAGCUGAACACACUGUACUUCAUCGGGGCCCAUAACAUCCCCAACGCAAACAUGAACGGAGAUGGCCCUUCUCUGUCAGUGAACUUCACCUCCCCAGGCUGCCUAGACCACAUCAUGAAAUAUAAAAAGAAGUGCAUCGAGGCAGGCAGUCUGUGGGAUCCCAACAUCACCGCCUGUAAGAAGAACGAGACGACAGUCCAAGUGAAGUUUACGACGAGUCUCCUUGGCAACAAGUACAUGGCUCUUGUGCGUCAGGGCGCCGUGAUUGGGUUUUCCACCGUGCUGGAGGACAAGCUGACACGGACGUCGGUGGAGGUUCCAGUGAGAGGCGACAGCCACGGUGCCGUGGUUCAGCUGACCCCGUAUUUCCGCACCUGUGGCAACGACUGCAUCCGACGCAAAGGAACUGUUGUGCUUUGCCCACAGCCAGACACCCCCAGCCUCCCAGACACCAGCAGAAGCGUGCUAGGAAGCUGGCUCCCUCUCCUCCUCCUGCCGCUGCUGGUGGCCGUGUGGGUGCUGGCAGCUGGGAUCUGUCUAAGGUGGAGGCACGGCAGGACCCAGAUGGCUUCCUUUCCAGCCACCACGCUGCUGCCCCGCGCCAAGGUUGUUGUGGUUUACCCGUCUGAAGUCUGUUUCCAUCACACCGUCUGUGGCUUCGCGGAGUUUCUCCAGAGCCACUGCAGAAGUGAGGUCAUCCUUGACAAGUGGCAGCAGCAGAAGGUCGCGGAGCUGGGUCCCGUGCUGUGGCUCACCACUGAGAAGCAGGCCGCCGACAGGGUCAUCUUCCUGCUCUCCAACGAGCUCAGCGCCCAGUGUGACGGCACCUGUGCGGGGGGCGAGGGCGGCCCCCAGAGGGGCUCCCAGGACCUGUUCGUCCUCGCCUAUAACCUGCUCUGCAGCGAUAUAGGGAGCCAGACGCACGCGUGCAAGUACCUGGUGGUCUACUUCAGCCAGCCUCCCGCCGCGGCCGGUUACAGCGCUCUCCGGCUCUGCCCCCGGUUCCACCUCUGGAGGGACGCGGCCGCCCUGCGCACGCAGCUCCUUCGCGUCACGCAGCAGGGGCCGGUGGGCUGCUCCUCCCUGUAGCUCAGCCCAGACAGGCCUUCCUGCCCCACCAGCUCCAGGGACAACAAGCACCUGCGGCGACCCUGAGGUUCCUGCUUCAGCAGCAGGAACAGAGAGCAUUCCUGACCCAAAACACGCAGGCCUGCCUCCAGUGAGUGGGACGGGCCGGGCCGGCGGAUCCCACAACAUUGUUACAAGUAUUGCCACACGCUAUACUGUGAAUGAAAGGAUUGAAACUGUAACUGCAAAAAAAUCAAUUUUGUCCCCCAAAUCAAGAAUAAUUAUUAAUGGACGCUGGCAUAGUGGUGCAACACCAGCAUCCCCUGCUCUGUUUCUGACCCAGUUCCCUGCUAAUGCACCUGAGGGAGAGCAAGCGGAAGAUGGCCCAAGUGCUUGGGCCCCUGCACCCCAGGGAGGUGGGAGACUCAAUGAAGUGCCUGGCUUCAGGCCCGACGUAUGCAGCCAUUUGGGGAGUAAACCAGGACGAUUUCUCUCUCUCUCUCUCUGCCUUUCAAAUAAAUAAAUCUUUUAAAAAAUAGUUGUAAGUGAAAACUAUAACCACCCUGACAAUGGAGUAACAAAGCAUCGUCCAUGAAUCUCCAGGCUUCAGCAGUCCAGGCAUAGCACUGCAGGCUUAACUGUGUAGUGCUGCAGCAUUCUAAGUUGAAUGAGUGACUACUAGGACUCAGCACUGUAGAGUAGUGGGUAAAGCCGCCACCUGUGAUGCUGGCAUCCCAUAUGGAUGCUGGUUCAACUCCUGGCUGCUCCACUUCCCAUCCAGUUCCUUGCCCAUGGCCUGGGAAAAGCAGAAGAUGGCCCGAGUGCUUGCACCCCUGUGACCCAUGUGGGAGACCCAGAAGAAGUUCCAGGCUCCUGGCUUCAGCCUGGCCCAGAGCUGGCUGUGGCGGCCAUCUGGGGCAUGAACCAGUGGAUGGAAGAUGUCUCUCUAACUCUGACUUUUAAAUAAAUAAACGAAUCUUAAAAAAAAAAAAAAAAAAAAAAAAAAAAAAAAAAAAACAACAACAACAACGGAAAAAGUGGUUACUAAAGAAGCCUUCACUAAUUCAUUGAGUAGCUACUUCAGUGAAAAAUUCUAGGUUCUGCACAACAGUCUUUGAGAUAAGCAAGCAGAGCCCACCUGUGCUGACCAGCUGGCCUGGUGUAUGUGUGUGGGACCUUUCCAAGCUGGAGUCCCCUCCCAACGCCCGUACAGGCGACUUCCAGCAAAGCGCAUCACCUGCAGGCUGCGUAUCCAUUGUGCCCACUUAUCUAUGAGAGAGCACUGUCAGAGUUCUGUUUCCUGCUUAUUACAGGCUUUGUGUUCAAGUCAAAAACAACUUGAAGUUAAAAGUUAGCCCUCUUGGCCGGCACUGCAGCUCACUAGGCUAAUCCUCUGCCUGCGGCGCCGUCACCCCAGGUUCUAGUCCCGGUCGGGGCGCCGAAUUCUGUCCCGGUCACUCCUCUUCCUGUCCAGCUCUCUGCUCUGGCCCAGGAGUGCAGUGGAGGAUGGCCCAAGUGCUUGGGCUCUGCACCCCAUGGGAGACCAGGAGAAGCACCUGGCUCCAGGCUUCAGAUCAGUGCAGUGCGCCGGCCGCAGCGCGCCGGCCGCAGUGGCCACUGGGGGGUGAACCAACAGAAAAAGGAAGACCUUUCUCUCUGUCUCUCUCUCUCUCUCAUUGUCCACUCUGCCUGUCAGAAAAAAAAAAAUAAAUAAAUAAAUAAAUAAGCCCUCUUGAAGUAAUCUGUAUUUGAAAACGAGUUACGAUGAGGGUUCAUUUAAGUCAAAGGCAGAAAGCACCACGGAGUUAGAGAACAGAGGUAUGUACGGUACUUUAAGACCUCCCUCCAGGUGCCAGCACUGUGGCAGCAGGUUAGGCCGCCACCUGCCGUACCGGCAUCUCAUAUGAGAUCCCCACUGCUCCACUUCCAACCCAGCUCCCUCCUAUUGCAGCUGGGAAAGCAGCAGAUGCUGGCCCAAGUGCUUUUGUCCCUGCUACCCACAUAAGAGACCCGGAUGAACUUCCAGGCUCCUGGGUUUGGCCUGGCCCAGCCCCGUCCAUUGUGGUCCUUUGGGGAACAAAGGGAAGA